GCAACUUUAUUUUUAUAGCAAGAGCCCAUCUGUCGCUCUGCCUUCACACAACACCAAACCACCUGCGAGGAAAUGAAUAAGUCAUUACUAUAAUAACAAUGAGCAUAUUCAUGAAUAAGGCACACUCAGUCACCAUCCACUUCAUUUGGGACGUUGGCACAAUCUAAUGAGAUUCAAUAAAAUAGUUGUUUAAAAAACUUUUGUCAGUGACGUUUUCAUAUAAGUUGAUUAUUAACGGUAAAGACACUUGUAUUUUUUUUCCAAGGUUGCAAUUUUUUAUGCUUUCUUGGUUUGAUGUCUGUAAAUGUCUUCACAUAUGGAGCAGGUGUAUAGUCACUCCUCACACAUUAAGAGACUUAUACUCCCUAUAUGUGAACAAAGAUAUCUUACACCUUACUUUUGUCAAAAUAUUGAGUCAUUCUGUAAUUACUUUUUCAACCUCCACAGAUGAUGACAUGAAAAAAGUCCAAAGUCAGCUGGGGAGGCAAAGAAAGAUUUACUGCCUCUGCCAGAGGAACGCGUUCGGACCCUAUAGUACAGCAUCACUGCGAGUCCUCCCGACUUUGCGCAAGUAUUAAAGGGAACGAUUGCGACUCCCGUCCCACGCCCGAGGGUGCGCGGGGAUUCAGAAACAUGUACCACCCGAGAGCAGAAGCUGUCCCGUCCUACAGGACUCUCCCCGGUUCGUUGGGAGAGCGCAUCAUGUCCUUGAGCGGCACUUUGCACAGAAAUCCUGGUCUCGGGAGGUCUGAGAGGAAAGAUGCGCGCUGUGAGAAAUGCUCAGCCACCCUUCUUGCGCUCAAGAAACAAGCUCUCGGCCUGUCUGUACACCAUCACUUCGCCUGUAAGGAGACAAGUGACCUGUGUGCAUUUCUUCAAGACAACCUACGCGUCCACAACCGGUCCACCAUAGGGUCCAGGGACAGAGGCAUGGAGCUGGGUGAGUGUGCUACCUGUGGCACAAAGUUGAACCAGCUCAAACACGAGGCAGUGCACUUGGCUCUGAACAGGGGUCAUCAAUCCUCCAGCGCCAGGAAUGCGCUACUGUUGGGGCAAAGUAACACAAAACUCGGGGACAGAGCUGCCUCACAACCACAUAGCCUGAAUCACUGCCCUCAAAGCCCCAGGACGCCCCGAAGCCCUAGAACUCCACAGAGAACCCCACAGACACUCAGACGAAGGGUAGCCAAGCCCCCCAACCAGGAUAUGGACCGCUGGGUUGAGGACCAGCACCGUGUGUCUCCUGAUGGUGUCAACUUUUAUCCCCACAAUCAGGCUUCAGACAAUGCUGGGUUAAGAUGUACUGAUAUUGUACACACUAGCUCCAAGAUUCCUCACCUCUCCAGGGUGGUGAACAUCGCAAACACUGCUGCCAUGUCCUUUUUGGCCAGAGCAGCAGAGAAGCUCAACCUGACAUCGAGGAGAAAAGGCCAGGCUUCCGACGCAGCACCUGCUCAUCUCUCCAACAGCUUCAGGGACCUCAUCCAGAAAAACCCUCCGCCUGUCCCCUCCUGCCUGCUCCAAGCUGCUAUCAGAACCAAAGACUCGCCCAGUGUUGCCAAGGUCAAAGUUGUGUUACGAGUGAAUCCAGCAAUUAACGAGGGCCAACCUCCAGUUCUUCACAUCGACCCGUCCAAGAAAAGAGCCAUUUUAUUAGAACCUGUGUGCCAAAGUCCACCGCGUGCCAAGAAGACCUCUGCCAGGAAUGGCAAGGAUCUUCUGAAGGCUUUUCAUUAUGAUGCUGUCUAUCCUCAAGACUCCAAUCAGACUGAGGUGUGUGCAGGCGUCUUGGCUGAUGUCAUCCGUUGUGUGCUGAGCGGCAGCGACGGAUGUGUCCUGGGUUUGGGGUGCGCUGAUGUGGGCUCCUGGUCCAGCAUGAUAGGGAAUGGUGAGAGCAUCCAGAAGCUUGGGCUGAUUCCAUGUGCCAUCUCCUGGCUGUACAGCGCCAUAGAGAAGCGGCGGGAGAAGACGUGGACGGAUCUGACUGUAUCCGUGUCAGCUGUGGAACUCUGCUGCGGAGAGGAGGACACACUGAGAGAUCUACUGGGAGAGGUCGUCCCUUCUGUAGGCAGCAUCAGGGACAGCCCAAGAGCUCACAUUCGGCUCCAAGAGGACCCCAUCCAUGGGAUACAGCUCCGGAACCACAAUAGGGUCAAGGCCCCAACUGCUGAGCGGGCUGCCUCCCUCCUGGAUGUAGCCAUUGCAGCACGUCGGCACAAUGAUUUCACCACGUUCUUGUCCAACAGCUCCAUAAUGUUCUUUACUCUGCACGUCCAACCCCCUCGCACACAAGAAAACUGCACCAUUGGAAAAGGUUCACGUGGCCCAACCAAGCUGACCAUGAUUGAUGUCUGUAGUGGUAUGAGGGGUGGGGUUGGAUAUACCAGAAAUAAACCUCCGCAUUCAGACCUAGGCCCUGUUGUUUUGUCGCUACUAAGUGGACACAAAACAAUCCCCAAAAAGGGAAGUAAGUUAACCAUGCUUCUUCGGGAGUCUUUGAGUUAUGCUAACUGCCACACCACAGUUAUUGCUCAAGUUGCUAAUUCACUGGCACAGCUCCAGGAAACCACCUCCAUCAUCCAGCUGGCUUCUCGCAUCCGCAGGACACAGAAGAGGACAAAGCAAUCCAGCUCAUGCUCACCUAAUGGCAGGAGUUUGACUAGACAAAAGAGAGGCCCUCCAUCUUUAUCCCUGCGAGCUUUCCACUCCACAGAUGAAGUUGAUGUUGACUCGCAACAUUUUCGUCUCCGUGGGGAGCUUGAUGAACACUCCAGUAGUGACCAGUCCUGUGAUACAGUUAUCCAAAUAGACUCUGAUGGUUUGAUCCAGGCUAGAGCACUCCCAAGGUUGUCAAAACCUGAGUUUGUGCCCAUUAUACCCUCCUUACACCCAAAUAAGGCUGACAUGGAAGACCCGGAGUUUACCGCUUUGCUCCAACAGCUGCUGAAAAUUCCCAAACUCCAUGGAGAGAACAAGAAAGACGACGCUCAAGGACAGAAUGAAAUGCUGCAAUCUGAAAUGAAGAAGCCAGAGAGGGACCGUCUUAAAUGCGACACGUUUGCCGAACUUCAGGAGCGCUUGGGCUGCAUUGACGGUGAGGAAACAAUGGAUUUGCUAAAGUCCUCCUCAAAGAGCCCUCCUAUUAAGGAUAUCACACAAAAACCACAAUCUCAGAAAGAGACUGGGAAACAGGCUACUACAGAAUUAUCUGAGGCAUCACAGAUGUUGAAGCAGGGGCUAGGCUACCGUCGGGAAAAACAAACAGAUGGUGCAUUUCAUGGGGAUAAUUUUCAGAGAGAAGACUCUGGUCUUUAUGACUGCGAGGAGUGCAGUGCAACCAGUUCCAGUGAGGAGCCACUGAAUCAACCUCUCAAUCAAAACGCGGCUUGUCGCUAUCAGUUUCCAAAAACCGGAGCCAUUCACUCUGCUGAAACACUGUCUUCUCAAUUUGUAGAUGUCAAAACUCAGGGCAUGGCUACUAACAGUCCCCUUCAGUCUGCAGCGAGACAGGAGAGUCAUGAAACAGCUGAUUGGUUCAAAGCAGACAAAAGGACUUCACCAGUUGGAAAGAGUUUACCUGCAUCUCCCCCUUCUCCUUCCUGCACCUCUUCAAAACCUUUAGCUAGCAGUGUUCUACUUGGAGACAUUGCGGCUAAUGAGCCCAAAAAGGAUGCUAAGGAAAUGAAGGCAACUAUCACUGUAACUGUUCAACAGCCGCUGGAUUUGAAAGGUCAAGAUGAACUUGUCUUCUCUAUGGUGGAGGAGGUGACCAUUAGCGGCACGCUGGACAGUGGGAGGGCAGGAGGGAAUAUAAUUUGCAUCAAAGAUGCUGCCCAGUCAACGCCACACGUGCAAGGCUCUGCAGGAUCCCAACCAAUCCAAAUUAUAAGCAAUAUAACUGAAGAGUCUGCAACAACAAGUGAGACAAAGGUCACUCAGAGCACUUUUGUUCAUCUAGGAGGUGCGGAAACUGAUACUGAAAAAUUAAGGUAUCAUUCAAGAAGAGAAAGAAUUCUACCUUCAUUUAUAAAUCCGAUGCUGAUAAAUGCAGAAGAACAGUGCGAUUCGGAUGAUGUGAAAGAAAGAGAAAGAACUGGGACUACAAUAAAAUGUCCAGAAUCUGUCUCUGAGACUCAUGAAAUAAGAUCGGAGAAGAGAUGUAACCCAAGCUGCAGUCAGAUUUCGUGUGACACAACGGUCUUGGGAAAUGUAUCUCUUCAUAACGACAAUGCGGAAAACAAAAUUUGUGGAGAGAGGAUCAGAAAUACAGAAAGGAGCAACCAUGGAGACUGGGAGCAUGUUUACUCCAUGAACCCUCCAAAGGCUUCACUGGGGCAUGAAUCAGCUCACAGAUGUGUUGGGAAUAGUAGGGUAAUUGAUGUUUCUUUAGGUUGCCUGGAAACGGCCUGCGCGUCCUUUAAUACAGGUAGUUUGCCUCGAAGCUGGCUAAAUGCCAACUGCCAGGAAAGCCACCAUCACAUGGCAGAUGGUUUUAGAGACCCAAGGGGGUUGACAUCAUCCACUCCUUGUAGCCCAGGGGUAACCCUAGAGAGGAGGCGAGGCAAGCACUCUUCCCCGGUGAACCACAGCCUCCACAAUUCCUCUUCACUGAAAUAUGAAACAGACUACAAGGAGCAUACUAAGAGACCUCUUAGAAGGGGUGCUGGAUCAUUUUUUGAGACCUCAAAGGUAGGCAUGAAACAUGAUCAUAUGCCUGGGAGGAGGAUGUCUCCCUUGGAGGAGAGUGGCAGGCUUUUCCAUGCCAAAUUAGAUCAGUUGACCAGCACGUCCCUUGGAAGGAACACAUGUGACUUACCAACCUCUCCAAGCUCUAAGGGGAUCUCCAAGAGAAGUUGUGAUGGGUCUGGCAAAGGAGCUCACAAAGGAAAUAGUAUUGGGGAUUGUACAAUACCAAGAUCAAUCAGAAGCUCCAGAAAGACUCGCCAGACUAGCCACAGUCAUAAUUCCAUUCCUUCUGAAAAUGUAACUCAACCCAGGCCGACACAUUCAAAGCUGUCUGCUGUAGGGAAACUUAAGAUGGCUUGUCCCAAAGUGCGUCGCCUGUCUGCCUCCAGCAUCAAAAACCUCAGUCUCCCCCGUAAUGGCCUGCAGAACUCCAUCAACCGGAGUGCCAGUCUUUCCCCAGACAGCAAAACUGUUAGCUUUGAGAGUACUUCCUCAUUUCUCUCUUCUUCCCCUCCACCCUCCUUUCACGCCAUAAGCCGGACUCCCAGCCAAAGCUCCACAUGCUCAUCCACAAAAUCUGCCAUCCAGGGAUUCACCAAUGGUCACAUUUCAGAGUUUGUAAAGGAAAGGCCCGCCAGCCCCACAUUAUCAGGACUGGACCCAACAGGCCCGUUUCCUUCUCCAUACAGCCAAGUCACCUCUCCCCGCACACCCUCUCGUAUGAGUGGACAUGCAAGCGACACCACAAGUGUGCUAAGUGGUGAUUUGCCGCCAGCUAUGGGUAAAACGUCGCUGUAUUUCUCGAACAGGAACAGUACAAUGAGCAGUGGCUACGAUAGCUUGGUGAGGGACAGUGAAGCCACAGCCAGCAGCACCUCUAACAGAGAUUCUGUAAGCGACAGAAUCCUCAGCUCCCUCCUCAAAGACUCUCACAGUAGCAGAUCAUCACGGCGGAGAGGCAAUACAGGUACUCACCCUCGUCAUCUUUCCAAUGACAAACCCUUCUCCACAAGACAAUCGUCUAGUCUGCAAUCUCGCUGGGCGGAUCAUGGAAUCCCAGAGAACUACGACAUCAAAGUAUAUGAGAUUGACAACGUGCAACAGAUGCAAAAAAAAGGGACUCACGUGCUUCAGCGACAAGCAGCAGUGUUCGGAGCUCAUACAGCAGAUGAUCACAGACGUCGGAGCCCAAUCCAACAAAUGGAGCUGAGAUCUGGAGUAGGUCGGGCAGAACCUCACGCAGGAGCACACCAUACAGAACCAAGACUACACUCGCUUACAUCGCUGUCCUGCAGGCGACCUUUGGCAGAGUUUCGAGGUGGACUCCCUGGAGCUCCUGGAGGAACUUGAGGAGGUGAUUGGAUGGUUGGAGAUGAGGAAGAAGAUGGCGGUCUCUUUAGAUGGCUCCUCAUAUUUUAGUCUCAGAGGGAACAGCCAUUUCUUAACAGCCAGAGAGCUGUGUUACACGGUAGUUCAAUCAGGUUCACACUACGUGUAUGU